AUGUGAUGCGGUGCGAUGCGAUGACUCCGCUGUAGUCGCAACCGAGUUUGCGUUUCGCGCGAGUGUUUGGAGCGGUUGCUUGUUUGUGCUUGCGUCUGGAGUAAUUGCUUGCUUGCGAUGGACGUCGAAAGACUAAUUAACAAUGUACGUGAACGCCCCGUGUUGUGGGACCAGAAAAAUAAAUAUUACCGCAGUAGUGAUUUUGUUCGUCAAGCAUGGAAUGAAAUAGCUGAAGAUUGUGGAACAGACAGCGAGGUACUGAAGAAUAAAUGGAAGAACCUACGUGACACUUUCCGCUCUGAACUCAAAAAAACUCGUGCUGAACGUUCAGGAGACGAAGGUAGCACGCCGCCUUUCCAAUCCAAUUGGCCGUGGUCCGAGCUAAUGACCUUCCUGACUGACAUAAUGACGCCACGGAAGACGAAGACUAAUGUUCAUCACAGUAAAAGAACAGUAUCGCAACACGACGACGCACACGACGACGUACCAUUUUCACCAGCUCUUACAGAGAGAGAGAGUGUGUGUUUCACCUGAUGAAACCAACCAAGCCAGCUCUUCAAGACUGUAAGUUCAGAGGGUAGCGUUUCGAUGCC